UGUCUUAAACAAUUCUAAUCCAUCAAAAAGCAACCUCACAUACACAUCUUAUUUAUGGUUGUCUUUGUCAAGUGGGUCUAUGAUGAAAACAGUAUGUAUUACUUUCACUUCUUCAUUAUCCAAUCUCCAUUUUCUUUCCAAAUUCCCUUUUGUAAUCAAUCAUCAUCUUCUUCUUCAUUACUCCUUUGCUGCACAAAGACAUCAAAGACUCAUCUUCAUCCUUCCACAUAACCGAUUCAUCAUAUUCUUCAGGAAUUGAUCGUUCACUAAGUAAUUGAGAUAGCAAGGAGUAUUUUGGACCGAUCAAAAUUUCAAACAAAGCUUGGGAAUAACUCGAUAAGUUUCAUGGUAUGGCGACCAUAAGCAAAACUCUGUUAGAGGCAAAGAAUAGUAAGGACUGCUUUUAUGAUAGAAUAGCUGAAGUCAAGGCUUUUGAUGAAACAAAACUUGGGGUGAAAGGGUUGUUAGAUUCUGGGGUCACAAAGAUCCCGCGAAUGUUUUACCACGACAAGGUGAAGGACAACACUGAAACCACACCAAGUGACUUAAAGUUUAAUGUCCCCAUCAUAGACUUGAAAGACAUAGACACAAACUCAUACCUACGUGUUGAAACACUUGACAAGAUUAGAAGGGCAUGCAAGGAAUGGGGAUUUUUCCAAGUAGUGAAUCAUGGUAUUAGUGUUGAGGUUUUGGAGGAGAUGUUAUGUGGAAUUCGAAGGUUUCAUGAACUAGAUGCAGAGGUGAGGAAAACCUUUUACUCAAGGGAUCGGAGUAAGAAAGUUAGAUAUUUCUCCAAUGGUAGCCUUUUUAAAGACCCUGCUGCUAAUUGGAGGGACACAAUUGCAUUUUUUUCUUCUCCUCACGCUCCUAAUCCAGAAGAAAUACCAGAAGUGUGCAGAGAUAUUGUGGUUGAAUAUACAGAGAAAAUAAAAGCAUUAGGCUUAACAAUGUUUGAGCUAUUCUCAGAGGCUCUUGGCCUUCCUACAUCUUACUUGAAUGAAUUGGACUCUGUAAAAGGAGGAUUUCAUUUGUGUCAUUACUAUCCAUCAUGCCCUGAACCUGAAUUAACUAUGGGUACUUCGAAGCACACUGAUAUUAGCUUCAUGACAAUUCUUCUACAAGACCAUAUUGGUGGUCUUGAAGUUCUUCAUGAGAAUCAGUGGGUUGAUGUUCAUCCAGUGCAUGGAUCACUUGUUAUAAACAUUGGGGAUCUUCUACAGCUUUUGACAAAUGACAUGUUCGUCAGUGUGUAUCAUCGGGUCCUAUCAAAGGAUAUAGGGCCCAGAAUUUCAAUAGCAAGCUUCUUUAAAAGCUCAUUUCCAGAAAAUGCAUCAAUGGUUGUUGGUCCAAUAAAAGAAUUGUUAUCAGAAGACAAUCCACCAAUCUAUAAGGACACCACUAUAGAAGAUGUUACAGCCCAUUAUUUUAAGAAAGGCCUUGAUGGAAAUAGUUCAUUGCUCCCAUUUAGGUUGUGCAGUAGUUGAGAAUUCUAUUGGAGUGACUUUGAUUCUCUUAAAGGAACUUUGGAUUUUGUUGUAUUUUAUCACGGUUAACUUGUGACUAUGACUUUAGUAUUUUUAGUAUCUUCUGAAUUUUAAAUAAACAACAUCAAGCUCCAGAGACAAAACAAGAUUAAUUCACCCUUUAAGUAUUUGUAUUGCAUAAGAGCAAA